AUGUCGGCUGCGGAGGUUGAUGAUCGCCAGUUGCAAGCGAACGCCCGAAAAAUGUUGACCGAAUCAAAAAAUGCGAUUGAAAAACUGCGGGCACAAUGUCUGUUGCGGGGCGCAACUGGAAUUCAUGGUUUUGGUCGAACCUUUAGAAUAAUGGAUGACGACGGGAAUCGUAGUUUAUCCCGCGAUGAAUUUAAAAAGGGUUGUCGGGAUUACGGCUGCGAGCUAACGCCUGAAGAAUUCGAUGAGUUGUUCAAGCUGAUUGACAAGGACAACAGUGGGACUAUUGUGUUCGAUGAGCUUCUUUUGGCACUUAGACCCCCAAUGUCCCCAUGUCGCAUAAAGAUAACGGAAGCAGCAUUUAAAAAGAUGGACAAAACCGGAGAUGGAAAAAUAACGGUGGAUGACUUGCGCCAAGCGUAUCAGGUGAAACACCAUCCGAAAUACCAGAACAACGAAAUGUCCCAAGAGGCCAUCCUUAAGCAAUAUUUGAAUACGUUCGAGCAGGGUGGUAUCACAGAUGGUGUUGUCACCUGGGAAGAGUUCCUCAACUACUAUAGCGGCAUCAGUGCAUCAAUCGAUUCGGAUGCAUACUAUGAUCUGAUGAUUCGUCAAGCGUUCAAACUAUGAUUGAUCCAACGCUCGACUUGUCAACGAUCCAUCAUCUGGAUAAUUCGUCAUUUUCUAGCCCUUGCGAAUGGCUUUUUAGUUAUAAACAGCUUGUUUUCAAGACGUCCAUUUCCUUCACUUUCCUCUGCCGUGCUUUACAUAUUUGACCAUAUAUAUGACAUCUUGUGUUGCGCUAUUUUUGCAAUCAGGUGUUGGAUCCUAUUUUGUGUCUAUUUUGUCAAUGUACAAAACUAUUCACAUGGUAAAUUUGAACAAAAUAAAAUAGAUUUAUUGGACU